GUCUGGGCAGUGUAGUUUCUAAAGAAUGGUCUCGAAAUAACUUUUAGCAAAGCCACUGAACUUCCAAACCGCGCUCGCCCAUUGGAAGGUUUUUUGGACCUAAGAUCUGUGCAUUUUCCAGGUUCCGGUCAAAAUGAAGUUCAAUCCCUUUGUGACUUCUGACCGGAGCAAGAACCGUAAAAGGCAUUUCAAUGCACCUUCCCACAUUCGCAGGAAGAUUAUGUCUUCUCCUCUUUCCAAAGAGCUGAGACAGAAGUACAAUGUUCGAUCCAUGCCCAUCCGGAAGGAUGAUGAAGUUCAGGUUGUUCGAGGACAUUAUAAAGGGCAGCAAAUUGGCAAAGUAGUCCAGGUCUACAGGAAGAAGUAUGUCAUCUACAUUGAACGAGUGCAACGGGAGAAAGCUAAUGGUACAACUGUUCAUGUGGGCAUUCACCCCAGCAAGGUAGUCAUCACUAGACUAAAGCUGGACAAAGACCGCAAAAAGAUCCUUGAACGUAAAGCCAAAUCUCGCCAAGUAGGAAAGGAAAAGGGCAAAUACAAGGAAGAAACAAUUGAGAAGAUGCAGGAAUAAAGUAAUCUUAUAUACAAUUUUCAUUAAAAACUUAAAAUGAAGAGUCUUUGAUGUAUGGUGAUUUGGGAUACUACUUAGUUUCUAGUGGGUUGGUUUUCAGGGAAGUUCAGGUGAUAUUUGCUGUCUGUACAGAGGCCACACCCCUACUUUCUGGCUUCCUAAGUUUUCUGAAAUCAGGAUAGUGGUUUUUCUUGUUUUGUUUUUACAGCAGGCGGCAGGCAGCUCUUGGAGGUGCAUCAUGGGUCAUUGAGAAGGCCUACGUGGAAAGCUAAUUGGGAACACUGCCCCUGGGAUCUGUCUUACUGCCUUCCUCCUAAUAUGAACACAGCAUAUUAAAAAAAAUUUUUUGCAUGGAAGUUUUAUAUUGUCACUGUAUAGGAAGUCUUAGACUAGAGGAGCUGCUGUAACUGCAGUAGCAUCUAGACCGCUGCUUCAAGUUGUUUCCGAUACUCUUGAGAAGCUUCAGCUUCUGUGGAACACCUGAGGAGGCCCUUUACUAUCUUGUUUUAUGCAUGGUGCUGGGUCAGUGUCAGACCAAAACUUAACAAAAUAAAAUCUUAAGAUUGCAAUCUAAAA